AUGAAUUCCGCAUAUUCGAGGCUGAAACAAUUGUAUUUAGGAUUUAUACCGAUUUAUCCACUUGGAUAUAUUAUGGUGCAUGGUAAGAGGAUUUUUGGGACGGGGAGCUUGAAAUUCAUGCAGAUUUUUUUAAAUUUAGGUCAAAUUCGGGCUUCAUUCAACAAAAAACAGGAUUUCUUGAAAUUAAUGUUUUCAGGAUCUACUAAAAUAAAUUUUUGAAACUAAAACUUGAAUAAAUAAGAAAUUCAGAACAGUUCAAUCGAACUCCUUGAAAUAAUCUAUAUUUUCACUGGAAUCUCCAAAAAUCGGAUUUUUCAGCUGUUUUAACCUACUGAGCCCCCCUAACCCUUCCCUACAUCUCAAAACAUUCCAGGAUUCCGCGGAGAUCAAGUUUGGUCAAAAAUCUACGUAAAUCGCUCAUCAAUCGAACCUAGCGAACAAUUAAAAGAGCUCGUUGAGCAAGAAAUCGAUAAAAUGACAAAUUUAAAAAAGGCCAAAUUCCACGUGUCUCUCACAGAUGAUAUGCAACCAAAAGUAUAUGGUGGAUUAUUUUUGACAAAUGGCGCAGAAUUACAAUUUCCGUUGAGAUUAUCAUUGGAUGAUGUGGAAACAACGAGAAGAUGCGGAGCUAAUUUGGAAGUUGAUUUGGGAUUGAGCAAGUUUGUGGAUUUUUGGGGAUUUAUAAGAAAAAUAUUUGAAAUCAGCAAAAAUCAAAGAACCUCAGCUCAUGAAACCCAAGGAAAAAGGCUCCAAUUUUUUCUGGUUGUAUCCUGGAAAAUAACCAAAAUUAUAUACGUUUCAAGAUUUUUUGUAAAUUAUCAAUCAAAUUUAAAUCAAAUUUAAAUUUUGAUUCUUUCCCUUUUAAAUAAGUCUUCAAAAUCUGCAGAUAUCGUCGAAAAGUAGAAGUAAAUAGCGAUGCUGGCGAUGAAUUAAUAUCUCGACUUAUGUUAUCCGAUUCAGCAAAAAGGUUUUGUGUUCAACGCGAAUUACAAAUUGCAAAUAGUGGCGAAUUCUUUUGUGCUCCAAUUUUUGCGUGGUUUACGAUUAGCUCAAUCGGAUAUGGAAUUUUUAAUGGAAUCGCGAAUUUUGGCGGACCUUGGUUGGCUGUUUUUAGUGCUGUUGGUUUUACAUUGGCUGGAUUUCGGCAGUUUUCGAGAAGUUUUGAGGGAUAUAAAAUGAGGAAAGCUGAUGAGCAAACUGUUAAAUUGUAAGCGAUUUUUUAAAUUAAAAUUUCGAAUUUUUUGAUCUGCUCAAUCAAGAUCUGUACAUCACAUUUAAAAAUUGUGAAAAUAUUUAACGAAAUUUUGAAACGUAUAAUGUUUUGCUUAUUUUUCCAGAGGCGAAGAAUAUUUGUUGGGAGCAAUUGAUUAUUUGAAAUCUUCGAUGAAAUUAAAUCGAUUGAUUCGACAAGUUCUUGGAGAAGAAGGCGAAAAACAAAUCACAAAAUCUGGAGAUUCUUUAGUCGAUCCAAUUCCAAUUUCAACAAGAAUUCGAGAAAUUCGCAAAAUCUCGAGGAAUUUAUCGAAAAACUCUGAGGAUUCUUGA